UCUGGGCCCCCUAAUCCACUCUGAGUACAGUCUGGAACACCAGCAGUGCAACCCCGGAGAGAGAGGGAGAGAGAGGAGCAGGGACCAGACAGGCAGACCCACCGAUCACACUCACAGAAUAACCACGACUGUAUCGACUGCAGGCUGGAGGAUUCGUCUGCUCACAAGGAGUUUCUACUGCCCUGCAUGGACUACUCAACCCAACAGGAUCCACAACCCUCCUUCUGAGAAGCUGAUCUGCAGUGAGACAGUGAGAGUGUGUGUGUGUGAAAGAGAGACGGGAGUGUGUGUGUGUCUGUGUGUGUGUGAAAGAGUGAAGGGAGUGAGACUGAGUGUGUGUGUGUGUGAAAGAGAGACAGAGGAGUGGGACAGUGAGUGUGUGUGUGUGAAAGAGAGACAGAGGAGUGGGACAGUGAGUGUGUGUGUGUGAAAGAGAGACAGAGGAGUGGGACAGUGAGUGUGUGUGUCAGGGGAGAUACAGAGCGGUUUAUACUGUACACACAUAGUGAUCACUGAGUGAGUUAGAGAAUUCCUAGUGUCUCAGAGUGUCAGUGCGUCAGUGAUCAGUGUCUCAGCGUCUGAGUGUCUCAGUGUCUCAGUGCCUCGGUGUCUCAGUGUAUUAGUGCCUCAGUGUCUGAGUGCCUCGGUGUCUCAGUGUCUGAGUGCCUCUGUGUCUCAGUGUAUUAGUGUCUCAGUGUCUGAGUGUCUCAGUGUCUGAGUGUGUCAGUGUCUCAGUGUCUCAGUGUAUUAGUGUCUGAGUGUGUCAGUGUCUCGGUGUCUGAGUGUGUCAGUGUCUCAGUGUAUUAGUGUCUGAGUGUGUCAGUGUCUCAGUGUAUUAGUGUCUGAGUGCCUCGGUGUCUCAGUGUAUUAGUGCGUGCUGCGGUGUGCUAGCGUGUGUUGGCGUGUCUCAGGCGUGUCAGAGCGCGUGUGUGUUGGUCAUGGCUUCGAUGGUAAAGUCUGUCCUCGGGGCUCCGAUCAACCUGUUCUCGUCGUGCCUGUCUCUGGACGGGAAGGAGAGGGAGCAGCACAGCGCCCCCCGCAGGCAGACAGGCAGGACCGCGGAGGAGCAGCGCAGAUACCAGGAGGAGCUGGAGGAGGAGAAGAGGAAGCGAGUCGCUCACUGUGAGAAGAGGAACAGAGAGCGAGCUGCCAUGAGAAUGCACUUCCGUCACAAAUACCAGCUCGCGCAGAAUGCCAAGGAUGACAACCACCUGAAUGCAGUGGGGGGGAAGGUGGUGCUCCCCCGAGAGCUGGCUGCAGUGGUACGCUCUGAGGUGCCCCCAGCCCAGGAGCGGGGGUUCAGUCUGUUUGGUUCGUUCCAGGAGCUGGACUUCAGAGCGUUGAGAGAGUCGGCACAGAACAGCUCACAGCAGUGCAGUAUCAUGUAGAGACCCUGUGAUACACACACACACACACACAGCAGUGUAGAGACCCUGUGAUACACACACACACACUCACAGCAGUGUAGAGACCCUGUGAUACACACACACACACACACAGCAGUGUAGAGACCCUGUGAUACACACACACACACUCACAGCAGUGUAGAGACCCUGUGAUACACACACACACUCACAGCAGUGUAGAGACCCUGUGAUACACACACACACUCACACAGCAGUGCAGUGUCAUGUAGAGACCCUGUGAUACACACACACACUCUCACAGCAGUGUAGAGACCCUGUGAUACACACACACACACUCACAGCAGUGUAGAGACCCUGUGAUACACACACACACACUCACAGCAGUGUAGAGACCCUGUGAUACACACACACACUCUCACAGCAGUGUAGAGACCCUGUGAUACACACACACACUCUCACAGCAGUGUAGAGACCCUGUGAUACACACACACACACUCACAGCAGUGUAGAGACCCUGUGAUACACACACACACACACUCACAGCAGUGUAGAGACCCUGUGAUACACACACACACUCUCACAGCAGUGUAGAGACCCUGUGAUACACACACACACUCUCACAGCAGUGUAGAGACCCUGUGAUACACACACACACACUCACAGCAGUGUAGAGACCCUGUGAUACACACACACACACUCACAGCAGUGUAGAGACCCUGUGAUACACACACACACUCUCACAGCAGUGUAGAGACCCUGUGAUACACACACACACACUCACAGCAGUGUAGAGACCCUGUGAUACACACACACACACUCACAGCAGUGUAGAGACCCUGUGAUACACACACACACUCUCACAGCAGUGCAGAGACCCUGUGAUACACACACACACUCUCACAGCAGUGUAGAGACCCUGUGAUACACACACACACACUCACAGCAGUGUAGAGACCCUGUGAUACACACACACACACACUCACAGCAGUGUAGAGACCCUGUGACACACACACACACUCACAGCAGUGUAGAGACCCUGUGAUACACACACACACUCUCACAGCAGUGUAGAGACCCUGUGAUACACACACACACUCUCACAGCAGUGUAGAGACCCUGUGAUACACACACACACACUCACAGCAGUGUAGAGACCCUGUGAUACACACACACACACUCACAGCAGUGUAGAGACCCUGUGAUACACACACACACACUCACAGCAGUGUAGAGACCCUGUGAUACACACACACACUCACAGCAGUGUAGAGACCCUGUGACACACACACACACUCACAGCAGUGUAGAGACCCUGUGAUACACACACACACACACAGCAGUGUAGAGACCCUGUGAUACACACACACACACUCACAGCAGUGUAGAGACCCUGUGAUACACACACACACUCUCACAGCAGUGUAGAGACCCUGUGAUACACACACACACACACACACACACACACACACUCUCACAGCAGUGUAGAGACCCUGUGAUACACACACACACACUCACAGCAGUGUAGAGACCCUGUGAUACACACACACACACUCACAGCAGUGUAGAGACCCUGUGAUACACACACACACACUCACAGCAGUGUAGAGACCCUGUGAUACACACACACACACACACACACUCUCACAGCAGUGUAGAGACCCUGUGAUACACACACACACACACACACACACACACACACUCUCACAGCAGUGUAGAGACCCUGUGAUACACACACACACACACACACACACACACACACACACACACUCUCACAGCAGUGUAGAGACCCUGUGAUACACACACACACACACACACACUCUCCAUGUUUGUAAUUGUUGAUACAGAUCUGGAUUUGCAGCACUGUAAUGAAUAACAUGAGUAAAUUUGUAACUAAAUAAAAGAGUGGAAUUCAAUCCCA